AAAAAUUUACCAGCUUAAUAAAGAAAGGAGGGGCUGGAGAGAUAUGGCUCAGUGGUUAAGAGCAUUGACUGCUCUUCCAGAGGUCCUGAGUUCUGACUUCCCGGCAACCACAUGGUGGCUCACAACCAACUGUUAUGGGAUUCGAUGCUCUCUUCUGGUGUGUCUGAAGAGAACAAAAGUGUACUCAAAUAAAUCUUAAAUAAAUAAAAGGAACCUAAAUUUCAUUUCCAAAAUCUAUUUAAACAUUGUCUCUUGUUUCUGGUCUGUUGCAGGUCUUAGACUGGCUGUAUUGUAUUAAGCAGGGUCUUUUAAAAGACUGUUUUGUGAAGGGGGCAGUGGUUGCCUAGGCCUAUAAUCCCAGUCUUAAAUCUCAGUGACUUGGAGGCCAUCCUGAUCUACAAAGCUAUUUCUAGAACAGCCAAAGCUACACAAAGACCUCCUGUUUUUGUUUUGUUUUGUUUUUAAGGCUUUUGGGGUUACUUUCCCCUAGGUUUCACCAGAGUCUGAGAAUCUCAGAUUGUUACAUUCGAUCAAGAUCAAGGUAACAGGAGUUCUAAAUUAAAUGACCUUGGAAAAACCAACUUAUCUUGCGUAAACAAAGAAGGCAGAAGGAGAGAAAAUACAAAAAUUUUACAUGUUAACUUUUUAAAUGUAAUUUUGGCUAGUGUACUGGAUGGUUUUGUGUGUCACCUUGACAAGUUAGAGUCAUCAGAGAGGAAGGAACCUCAAUAGAGGCAAUGCUUCCAUGAGAUCCAGCUGUAAGGCAUUUUCUCAAUUCGUGAUCAAUGAAAUAUCACUUUUUUUCUAAUGAUAUUUCGACUUCUAGGUGUUUUCUCUUUUUGAGGUCUUUUUUGUUUUGUUUUUGACAAAGGGUUUCACUGUACAUCCUUGGCUGGCCUGGACCUAGCUAUGUAGACCAGGCUAGUCUAGAAUUCGAAGAUCCUCCUGUCUGCUCUGCCCUCCCAGUGCUGGGAUUACAGGUUUGGGCCUCUAAAUGAGGUUCUUGUUCAUGACUCAAACAGCCCCAACCCACCACCGGGAGCGUUGGCACCGCCCACAGCAGGGGCGUGGUCUCUCAGCAAAUCUGUUUUCCCGCGGUGGCGCUCUCUGAUGACGUACAGCGCGCCAAGACCUGGGCUCGAGCGCUGCGCGGAACCGUUUCAGGAGCCUAGUUCGUCUCUCGAGGGUCAUCUGCAGAAUGGCUCCUGUCCUUCACUUCUAUGUCCGUCCCUCUGACCGCGAGGGGGCAGCAUCUGGGCGUGUUCUCCGAAGACUACAAGAGAAACUACCGACACUUCAGAGUGUGGAGGCUGAGCUGUGCUACAAUGUGCACUGGGCAGCUGAGACCCUUCCAUGGGCUGAGGAGAUGAAGAAGUUGAUGUGGCUCUUUGGCUGCCCUUUGUUGCGGGACGAUGUUGCUCAGGAGUCCUGGCUUGUUCCUGGCUCCAAUGACUUGUUGCUGGAGGUGGGACCCAGGCUGAAUUUCUCUACUCCGGCAUCAACCAACAUUGUUUCUGUGUGCCAGGCUGCUGGGCUGAGAGCUGUGGAUCGGGUAGAGACCACCCGGCGCUACCGGCUUUCGUUUGCUAACUGCCCUACAGCUGACAUGGAAGCCGUUUCUCUGGCUGCCUUGCAUGACCGGAUGACAGAGCAGCACUACCCUGACCCCAUCCAGAGCUUCUCUCCUCAGAGCAUUCCAGCCCCACUCAGGGGCUCCAUCGACAUACUGGCCGAAGGUCGGCCUGCCCUGGAGAAGGCCAACCAGGAGCUAGGUUUGGCUCUUGACUCCUGGGACCUCGAUUUCUAUACCAAGCGCUUCCAAGAGCUUCAGCGGAACCCCAGUACAGUGGAGGUCUUUGACUUGGCUCAGUCCAAUAGUGAGCACAGCCGACAUUGGUUCUUCAAGGGCCAGCUCCAUGUGGAUGGGAAGAAGCUAUCACGAUCCCUCUUUGAAUCCAUCAUGAGCACUCAGGCAUCCUCCAACCCUAACAAUGUCCUCAAGUUCUGUGACAACAGCAGUGCAAUCCAGGGGAAGGAAGUCCGAUUCCUGCGGCCCGAGGACUCUACACGACCGAGCUGCUUCCGGCAACAGCGGGGGCUUAGACACGUUGUCUUCACAGCAGAGACACAUAACUUCCCCACAGGAGUGGCCCCCUUCAGCGGUGCAACCACAGGCACAGGCGGUCGCAUCAGAGAUGUCCAGUGCACAGGCCGUGGGGCCCAUGUGGUAGCUGGCACUGCUGGCUAUUGCUUCGGAAACCUGCAUAUCCCAGGUUAUCCUCUACCCUGGGAGGAUCCAAGCUUCCAGUAUCCUGGGAACUUUGCCAGGCCUCUGGAAAUUGCUAUUGAGGCCAGUAAUGGAGCAUCUGACUACGGCAACAAGUUUGGAGAGCCAGUACUGGCUGGAUUUGCCCGCUCCUUGGGUCUCCAGCUUCCAGGGGGUCAGAGACGCGAGUGGAUCAAGCCCAUCAUGUUCAGUGGUGGCAUUGGGUCCAUGGAAGCCAAGCAUGUGGGCAAAGAGCCCCCAGAGCCAGGCAUGGAGGUAGUAAAGGUUGGGGGUCCUGUCUAUAGAAUUGGAGUUGGGGGUGGAGCUGCUUCGUCUGUGCAGGUUCAGGGAGACAACACCAGUGACCUGGACUUUGGAGCCGUGCAACGGGGAGACCCAGAAAUGGAGCAGAAGAUGAAUCGUGUGAUUCGGGCUUGUGUGGAGGCCGCAGGAGGAAACCCCAUCUGCAGCCUCCAUGACCAGGGCGCUGGCGGCAACGGCAAUGUCCUAAAGGAGUUGAGUGACCCUGCAGGAGCCAUCAUUUACACCAGCCGCUUCCAGCUAGGUGACCCAACCUUGAAUGCACUGGAAAUCUGGGGGGCUGAGUACCAGGAAUCAAAUGCACUUCUGCUGAGGCCCUCGGACCGGGACUUCCUGAGUCGUGCCAGUGCCCGAGAACGCUGCCCAGCUUGUUUUGUGGGCACAAUCACUGGAGACAAGAGAAUCGUGCUAGUGGAUGAUCGUGAGUGCCUGGUAGGAAAAAGUGGCCAGGGAGACGCCCCCCUGACGCCUCCAACCCCUGUGGACCUCGACCUUGACUGGGUUCUGGGAAAGAUGCCUCAGAAGGAGUUCUUCCUCCAGAGAAAACCCCCUGUGCUGCAGCCUUUGGCUUUGCCCCCCGAUCUGAGUGUGCGACAGGCUCUGGAUCGGGUCCUAAGGCUGCCUGCUGUGGCCAGCAAACGCUACCUCACUAACAAGGUGGAUCGCUCUGUGGGCGGCCUAGUGGCCCAGCAGCAGUGUGUGGGGCCCCUGCAGACUCCUCUGGCUGAUGUGGCUGUUGUGGCCCUGAGCCACCAGGAACUCAUAGGGGCCGCCACAGCCCUGGGAGAGCAGCCAGUCAAGAGCUUGCUGGACCCCAAGGCUGCUGCCCGGCUAGCUGUGUCUGAGGCCCUCACGAACCUGGUGUUCGCUCUGGUCACCGAUCUCCGGGAUGUCAAGUGCAGUGGGAACUGGAUGUGGGCAGCCAAGCUCCCAGGUGAGGGUGCAGCGCUGGCCGACGCCUGUGAGGCUAUGGUGGCAGUCAUGGCAGCACUGGGUGUGGCCGUAGAUGGUGGCAAGGACUCCCUCAGCAUGGCUGCCCGGGUUGGCACUGAGACCGUGCAGGCUCCUGGGUCACUGGUCAUUUCAGCAUAUGCCGUCUGUCCAGACAUCACGGCCACUGUGACCCCAGACCUCAAGCAUCCUGGAGGGAAAGGUUGUUUGCUCUAUGUGCCCUUGAGCCCCGGGCGGCACCGGCUGGGAGGGACGGCCCUGGCCCAGUGUUUCUCUCAGCUCGGGGAGCACCCUCCUGAUCUAGACCUUCCCGAGAAUCUCGUGCGUGCCUUCCAUAUCACCCAGGGGCUGCUGAAAGACCGCCGUCUUUGCUCAGGCCAUGAUGUCAGCGAUGGGGGGCUUGUCACCUGCCUUCUAGAGAUGGCCUUUGCUGGGAAUUGUGGGAUAGAGGUAGACGUACCUGCCCCUGGGAUCCAUGCAUUGCCGGUGCUGUUUGCGGAGGAGCCGGGUCUGGUGUUGGAGGUACAGGAGGCAGAUGUAGCCGGGGUACUGCAAAGGUACCAGAGUGCUGGCCUACACUGUCUGGAACUGGGCCACACAGGCGAGGCUGGACCCCAGGCCACGGUCCGAGUGUCCGUGAACGGGGCUGUGGCUGUGGAGGAGCCUGUUGGGCAGUUAAGAGCCCUCUGGGAGGAAACAAGUUUCCAGCUGGACCUGCUGCAGGCAGAGCCGCGCUGUGUGACAGAAGAGAAACAGGGCCUGACGGAGCGCACAGGGCCCAGCUACCGCCUGCCACCCGCCUUUCCUAAGGCCUCUGUGCCCUGUAAACCUGGUGGUCCCAUCCCUCGAGUUGCCAUCUUGCGAGAAGAGGGCAGCAAUGGAGACCGAGAAAUGGCCGACGCCUUCCACUUGGCUGGCUUUGAGGUGUGGGAUGUGACCAUGCAGGAUCUCUGCUCUGGAGCCAUCAGGCUGGACACAUUCCGUGGUGUGGCCUUUGUGGGCGGCUUCAGCUACGCAGACGUCCUGGGCUCUGCCAAAGGUUGGGCAGCUGCAGUGACCUUCAAUCCACAGGCCAGGGAAGAGCUGGGACGCUUCUGCAAGCGGCCGGACACCUUCAGCCUGGGCGUGUGUAAUGGCUGUCAGCUGCUGGCUCUUCUGGGCUGGGUGGGAAGUGAUGCUGAUGAAGAGAAAGUCGAGCCAGGCCACGACUCCCAGCCGGCACAGCCGGGCCUCCUGCUCCGCCACAAUCUGUCAGGGCGGUUUGAGUCCCGAUGGGCCACCGUGCGUGUGGAGCCGGGGCCAGCCCUGAUGCUUCGAGGGAUGGAGGGCUCUGUGCUGCCUGUGUGGAGUGCUCACGGGGAAGGUUACAUGGCAUUUUCUUCUCCUGAACUCCAAGCCAAGAUCGAAGCCAAGGGCUUGGUUCCUCUGCGCUGGGCAGAUGAUGAUGGGAACCCCACAGAGCAGUACCCUUUGAACCCCAAUGGCUCUCCAGGGGGCAUAGCUGGCGUCUGCUCCAGAGAUGGUCGCCAUCUGGCUCUCAUGCCACACCCUGAGCGGGCUGUGAGGCUUUGGCAGUGGGCGUGGCGACCCUCUCCCUUUGAUGGCCUUUCCACCUCCCCGUGGCUGCAGCUCUUCCUCAAUGCUCGGAAGUGGACUGAGGAGGCCGCGUGACCGCCCUGGCCCAUCCCAUCCUCGAGUCUGUUGCCUUCUUUCCCCAUUGCCUUCAGAAGUAUCCCAUGUAAUUUCCAAAAGCAUCUUAGACAGCAAGAACCAAAAUGCUGGGCCGCCCCCAGCUCCUCGCCCACGUUAGCCUUGCCCUGCAGGAACUGCUCUCACUUACAGAGUUUAACCUGAGUCUCCAGCAAGCCCAGGCUCCUCCCAGGCUCUGGGGACAGCCCCAGUGGAGAGGUGUGUGGGCAGCGACAGCCUGGCAGUCCUUCCUGUGAUCAUCACCUUGUAAUCCCUCAUUCUCUUGGUUAGAGCUCUGAGUGAGCUUUCAUGUCUCCUUUUUCUUAGUCUUUAUGAGACCGACUUCCUGUCUAUAGCCCAGGCUGGCCCUAAACUCAGAAAUCUUUUUUUUUUUUUUUUUUUGUAUUUGGAUUUGGACAGGGUUUCUCUGUAUAGCCCUGGCUGUCCUGGAACUCACUCUGUAGUGACUUGAGCCUGCUGCCUCUGUCUCCCAGAGUGCUGGGAUUACAGGCGUGCGAAACACAGAAUUCUUUAGCGUCAGCCUCUCGGGUGAGUGCCACGCUUGGCAUUGGUGUAGAUCUAGGAAUAAUUCACAUCAGCCCCUCCCAACCGCUCUUACCUGAAAAGCAGCAUUCUGGGUCCCUUUUCAGAGUGUUCUGCUGCUUGUUAGAAAUCAUGGCCAGAAGCGUAAGGGGCUGACCUGUGCCUACCUCAGAUUACAUUCCUGAUUCUUCUCCUAAUUCAGCAGCCGCCUUAAAGUAGUUGACACCUUCCUUCCUUCCUAUUAGCAGAGCCCUGAGCUAUUGGAAUUUGUUUUUUUGCUUUGUCUUUUCAAGACAGGUUUUUUUCUAUGUAGGUCUGGCUGUCCUGGAACUUACUCUGUAGACUGGGGUGGCCUCACACUCCGAGAUCCAUCUCAGUGCUUCGGUUAAAAGUUUGUGCCACUA